GCUCUCAAGGAUACGAGUCAACGCGUACUGAAAGACGUCGAGCCUUCAUGAAUGCAGUGCGGGAAACCGCGGCCAGGGAGGGAGGGUGCGCAAAGCUGGCGACUGAGACAUGCUGGCAGUUUGGCAAGGAAUGCUGUGGGUCUUUGUUCAGCUGGUUGAGCGAGCGCGAGGCCUGGACACGAGGAGCAUUGUCGAAGUCGGCGUGUUUGGGGGUUUGAAACCCCUAAUUAACCUCACUGACGAGGCGACAGCAUUGCAGAGCAUUGGCCUGAGAAAACUGAUCGGGCCACACAGACACUUGCUUACGCUCGAGCUGGCCUAUCCGAACCCGUCGCAAUAUUAUGCCGCGCCUGAUACCAGACGUUGAUGUUAUCGACCCCAGUUUCCGGGGACCUGAAGCUACUAAUUAGCACUGCCAGAUUUCGAGCCAACUGAUACGGAGUUAAAUAAAUGCAGCUCGCGACUUCCUCAA